GAGAAUCUGAAACACAAACCCUAGUUUGUUGCGAGAGAGGCAUUUUCACUCUUCAGCGGCGACAGUGCGAAACCAUCACCCACCAUCGCCAUUACCAUCAACCAUGGCUUCUGCCAAGACUGUGAAGGACGUUUCGCCUCACGAGUUCGUCAAGGCUUACUCUGCUCAUCUCAAACGAUCUGGCAAGAUGGAGCUGCCAGAAUGGACAGAUAUUGUGAAAACCGCAAGAUUUAAAGAAUUGGCUCCCUAUGAUCCUGAUUGGUAUUAUGUUAGAGCUGCUUCCAUGGCAAGGAAGAUCUACUUGAGAGGGGGUCUUGGUGUUGGUGCAUUUCAGAGGAUUUAUGGUGGGAGCCAGAGGAAUGGAAGCCGCCCUCCUCAUUUUUGCAAGAGCAGCGGUGCCAUUGCUCGUAACAUUCUCCAGCAGUUGCAGGAGAUGAACAUCAUUGAGAUGGACACCAAAGGUGGCAGGAGAAUUACAUCCAGUGGCCGGCGGGAUCUUGACCAAGUGGCUGGAAGGAUUGUAGUUGCACCCUGAUGCUGAACACUGCUGCUAGUCAACACAAAUUGUAGGUUAAAUAUGUUUGUUGGAGAGAAAUGGGAUGCCAGAUUAUUUCAAAAUUUUGGUUUUAGACACCUGAGCACCUUCUAAGUUGGAUAUUUAUGUUCCUAUUAAUCUCUUAGAUGAUAUUUUCCUGCAUUUAAUGAAAGAUUUCCAAUCUUCA